AUGCUUGAUCAAGAGGCAAGUCCGUCCCCAACUGGACCUCUCUUCCGACCGACUUUCUGGCUUCCUCCUCCCACCUAUAAUAUUCAAAAAAUUCAAAUGGGUCUGAGGCAACCUCGAAAAUUCUUAUCCUUCCAAAACAACAGUACAUCCUUACUCGGUUAUCUCCCCUCUCUCUCUCUCUCUCUCUCUCUCUCUAUCUAUCUAUCUAUCUAUCUAUCUAUCUAUCUAUCUAUCUAUCCCUCUCUCUCCCCACCCCCCUCUCUCUCUCUCUCUUCCCACAUCCCUUCUUUUCAAAUAUCUGAAGUCGGACGACCGGCUGAUCGGUUGAACUCCCUGCCUUCGGGCGGGGAGGAACCCGAACGAGGCUACGCCGAAGGGCGGAGUCUCUUUCGGGGAGGUAAACCGACCAUGAACCUGUUUAUACGGGUUCAAAGGGCAUAUUUUUGGCCAAGCCCACGGGCUCGUGGGUGUGACUAA